AUCCUCAACGAGCUGCAUUUCACUGGCGGUGCUGCGGUAGUAGUUUUGCCACGAUGGUUUCCACAAGUGUGGCUACUCGUCAUAUGUUGUACAGUGAAGCUUCCCCAUUAUUUCCCAGAAUCUCAUCUCAAGAGACCUUUCCGGACAGUACAAGUCAAGAGGAAGAGAUGAAGGGGACGAAAAGAAAGAUUUCUCUGUCGAAUUGUGGUGUUUGCGGCUUUGAAGAGGCAAAGUACAAGUGCCCCGCCUGUCUCACACUUUCGUGCAGUUUGCUUUGUGUGAAGAAACAUAAGGAAGAAUCAAGAUGCAGUGGUGUUAGAAACAAAACAGCCUUCGUGAACCUCUCUCAAUUUGAUGAAAUUACUCUACUCAGUGACUACAGGUUUCUGGAGGACACAGGAAGGUUUGCUGGUAGUGCCCAAAGAGACAAUCUCAUUUGUGUUCCUCAUACACGAGGUAACGCGCGAACAAACAAGUUGAAGGUAAAUGCCAGAAAGAUGAACAUCACAUUGAGAAUCUUACCCAGCACCUUCACCAAGCAUAAGGAAAACUCCACCAUCUUCAAUUUUAGAGAAAAAGUGUUUCUGUGGCACUUGAAGAUUGUUUUCCCUCAGAGUGGUACAGAAUUCAGCCAGAAAAGGGUAUGUGAAAGGCUAACUCUAGAACAGAUCUUGACGCCCUAUAUACACCCAACAGAGUCUGACCCUGUAAUACGACAGAAGUUGAAGAGGUAUGUACUUACCCCCAUUGAGGAAGUCAAUGUUUUCAUGAAGGCGGAAGGACGGAAAGCAAACUCAGUCAGGUACCACAAGUUGGAUUUACGGAAGAGCUUAAGAGACAACCUGAGCUACAAAAUUCUGAUUGAGUAUCCUUUACUCCAUGUGGUACUGCGCGAGCAUUGGAAGGACUUCCCAUUGAAAGAAUCAGCGGAACCUGCAUCAACCUACAAUAAGUGUGAAAUAAAGGGUGUGUCUAUGGGCCAAUCAAGCGAGGACAUUCCCUUAUGUUCCCCAUCCUCGGUUUGCCCUCCCACAAAUAGAGAUGACAUCUUCACAGCAACGCUGUAUAGCCCUGAAUCAUUGCCCCCACUAGAGAAAAAGUUGAAGCGAGAAUUGGGGGAGGAAGACCUGGAAGAGGGAGAGAUUCCAGAUAGUGAGGAUGAAGAGAAGGAAAUACAAAAAGUAGUACACUGAUUAACAUAUCUAAUGAUGCCAAACACAAAGAUGAGCUCAGAGACAGGGUAUCUGUAUUGACAAAGAUGUUGGACUUUUGACAGCAGUGUGACUUCCAUCAUGUGCUACCCUGUAAUUUUUACAUUUGUUUUUAUAUUUGUCUCUAAUGAAGAACUUUUAGGUUUGUUGUUGUUUUUUUUUUUAACAUAAAGACCAUUAAAGUGUGGACCUAGGUACAGUUGUGGUCAAAAGUUUACAUACACUUGUGAAGAACAUAAUGUCAUGGCUCUCUUGAGUUUCCAG